AUGACGACGUCGGUGCAAUGGCGCGACGCCGUGUCGGGAUCCACCGCGGGGAUGGUGUCCGUCCUAGCCCUGCAUCCCCUCGACGUAAUCAAAACAAGGCUCCAGGUCCAAGAUCACAUCGACAGGCGGCAGGCGACGUACAGGGGAACCAUCCACGCGUUCAGGACGGUCCUCGCGCGGGAGGGCGUCCGCGGACUCUACGCGGGUCUGUCCCCGGCGCUCAUCGGCUCGACCGUCUCGUGGGGCAUUUACUUUCAAGUUUACGACAACGCCAAGCGACGGUACCGCCGAUCCCUCGCGAUUGAAACGACGUCGCUUCCGUCGCACCUGCACCUGGCGAGCGCGGCGGAGGCUGGCGCGGUGGUGAGCCUCAUCACUAACCCAAUCUGGGUCGUGAAGACGCGGCUCGCGCUGCAGCACGGGGGCGGCGGCGGGGGCGCCAAAAUUUCAUCCAACGUUUCAUCAAACGCGCCGUACGCGGGUUUCUUCGACGCGAUGGGCCGCAUAGCCCGCACCGAGGGCGUCGCGGGGCUGUACAAGGGGUUCGCGCCGUCGUUGUUCCUGGUGUCGCACGGCGCGAUUCAGUUCACCGCGUACGAGCGGCUGAAAAGAGCCGCGGCGGACGCGAGGCGGGGCGGCGUCAACGGCGUCGGCUCCCGUAGUUUUGGCGACGCGGAGCCCACCGCGUUCGAAUGCGCGUGGCUCGGGGUGGCGUCGAAGCUGAUCGCGUCCGCGGCGACGUACCCGUCGCAGGUGGUGAGGUCGCGGAUGCAGCAGCGGGGGAACGCCGACGUGGGCGUCGGGGGAAGCGAGGAGGUCCGGCGGAGGUACCUCGGAUUCUUCUCCUCUCUUCGGUGCGUGGUGCGGCGAGAAGGUUUCGGAGGGCUCUACAAGGGCAUGGUGCCGAACGUGCUCAGGACGCUGCCGUCCAGCGGGGUGACGUUCAUGGUGUACGAGAGCACGCGCUCGUUCUUGUCCCGCGGGCGCGAGGAUGAGUAG